AUAUUAGUUCAAAACUUUUAAAAUGGCGCAUGAUUGUGAUGAAUCCCUUAAUAGCUCGUGGAGAAUCAGAUAUUAUAAGGAGUUUUAUUUCUGCUGAUGACGAGAUCAAAACAAAGGAAAUUACUUUACCAAAUUAUCAAAGCUCAAUGUAUACUAGCAGAUUAAUAAAUACUAAAGAGAUUAAACUAGCAUAUGAAUCAGCUAAAUUCAGAG